AUGGCCGACGCGCCGAUGCCCCCCGACGAAAACAGGGGCCCUGAGAUCCUCGCGGUCUGCGGGGCCCUCGUCGGCCUCGCUCUUGUCGUUGUCCUGAUGCGGUUGUUUGUGAGGUACAAGAUGGUGCGGCAUGUUGGGAUGGACGACUGGGUCAUCAUCGGCGCUAUGGUGGUCAUGUUCGUCGAGAUGAUGAUUAUCAUCCCCGAAGUCCAGCUCGGUGCUGGCCGUCACGUCCAAUACAUUAAACCGCCCGAGAACGUCACCCGCGGCCUGCACCUCAACUUUGUCACGCAACCGCUGUGUCUGAUCGCCUUGUGCUUGACCAAGGUCAGCGUCGGCUUCUUCCUGCUACGACUGACCCCGUCGCCACGAUUCCGGUGGAUUGUCAUUGGCACCAUGAUCUUUACCGUUCUCUCGGCCACAGGCAACUUUUUAACCGUCUUCUUCCAAUGCCGCCCCCUCGCCCUAAUCUGGGACUCGUCCGUCGAAGGCACCUGCAUCCCGCCGAGCAACCUCAAGUUCGCCGCCUUCUUCAACUCCAGCGUCGCUGUGCUGACCGAUGUCCUCUUCGCCCUACUGCCUAUCCCAAUUCUCUGGAACGUGCAGAUGAACUGGAAGGUGAAAGCCGCCGUGGCCACUAUUUUGUCUGUGGGUAUCUUUGCGGCCGUCGCUGCCAUCGUCAAGAUCACAUACCUUGGCGCGUAUGGCCAGCACGGUGAUUUCCUCUGGGAUAGUGCUGAUAUCACGAUUUGGACAACAGUCGAAAUCAACGUCGCAAUCAUCGCCGCCUCCGUCCCCUGCCUCAAACCCCUCUUCAAAUCCCUCUUCGACGGUUCCUCUGCCCGCUACCGUUUCGGCGGCUCCUCCAACAAAUACGCCGGUGGCGCCGCCAAAAGCGGCAGCGGCAGCCACGGAAGCGGUCUCAAAAACCGCUACUUCCGCAACGGCGCCGACGACGAACAACACAACACCCCCGCAUCCUCCACCUCCCGCAACCGCCGCAUCAGCACCCCGCUCCGUCGCUCCGUCCUGCCCGCCUUUGAAAUGUACGGCAGCAGUGGAAGCGGCAAGUCCCGAACGGGCGCCCCAUCACGGGUGUCGGCUACGGGGUCGGAGGAGAGUAUAUUGCCGCAGGAGGGACGGCCGUAUUAUCAUCAUUCGGCGUCGUCGGAGGGGGGUGGGGGGAGGGGGAUUAUUAAGACUAGUACGGUGCAGGUGGAGUAUGAUGAGGAGAGGAGGAGGUCCGGGGGGUGGGGGGCAUGA